AUGAGUGAAAGUGAUGAUGUACAAGAAAUUGAUUUAAUAGUUAUUGACGAUGAUUGUUGUGAUAAUUUUGAGAUAGAAAAAAGAAAAUAUAGUGUAGAAGAGGAAAAGAAAGAAAAUUCAAAUCAAUCAAUAGCAAACACUCUUAAUACUUUACAUUCGUUUGGUUUAAAAAAAGUCAGUUUUCCAGAAACAGAAGAAAAGGAAGAAUUACAAAAUGAAAUAAAUAAUUGUAGUGAUGCUGAAUGCAUGUCAAAUAAUAUUAUUAGUUGUAACACACAAAAAAUUGAUUUAAACAAUCCAUCAUCAGAACACACUCCAUUAAAUUCAAAAGAUCUUCUCAUCAUUGAAGAUACUAAGAGAUCCAUACAAAAAACAAAAACACCACCAAAGUUACAGUCUCUAAUAGACGAUUUUAUUAAACCAAAAAACUCAUUUGAACCUCAAAGAACUAAAACAUUAGAAUUGAAGAAGACUAAAACAAUUAGUGAUGUGUUUGAAGAAAUGGAACGUGCUAGUAGUCAAAUACUUCUUCGAACAGACACUCUUCCAAUAAAAUCUCAUUCUCCUAUCUCUAAAAGAAUAUCUUCAGAUUUUUUUACUUUAAUGUUUAAAAAAAGUAAUACAUUAGAGUCACAUGAAGAUGACCCUGAUGCUACAAAGAAAACAUCGUCUUUAAUAGACUUAUGUGAAAAUGAUCCAAUAAUAAUUGAAAAUAUAAAUGAAGAUAAUCCUUAUUAUCAGAAAGUAUUUAGUGAAAGUGAUAAGAGACUACUAAUUGAAAGAGAAAAAGAACUUACAAAACAAUUAAAAGAAAUUAAAGUAUCAGACGAAACAUUUGAACAAAUAAGAAAAAUUGCAUUUGAACGAGAAGAAGUAAGAAUCCAAUUAAAAGUUAUAACAUCAAGAGAAGCUACUCAAAAAGGCAAUACAACAAUUAGGCUGAAAGAAAAUGAUAAAGUUGGAAGAAUUACUUUGUGGAAGAAUCAUGAAGCAAAAAAAGGAUUUGAACCAUUUAAAAUAGAGGAGCAAAUACCAGACGUAGUUCAAUCAACUAACAUUAGAUCAUAUCCUAUAUGGACAAAUUGGUGGGGAGAAAAUUUUCAUUGGAAAGAAAGAGUCAAAGAAGUAUUACAUAAAGUAUUUCAUCAUGAAACACUUCGAUUACUUCAAUACCCAGUUAUCAAUGCAAUAUUAGCUGGACAUAAUGUUCUUGCAUUAAUGCCUACAGGAGGAGGGAAAUCAUUAUGUUAUCAAUUACCGUCAUUAUUUAAAGAUGGAUAUACAUUAGUUGUAUCUCCUUUAAUAUCUCUUAUGCAAGACCAAGUAAAAGCAUUAAAUGAUUUAGGAAUACCAGCUAUUACUUGUAAUAGUAAUAAUCCAGAAAAUAUAGAUAUUUUCAUUAAUGACAUUGAAACACGUAAAAUUAAAAUUGUUUAUGUUGCACCAGAACUUCUUUCUUGUAGUUGGAAGAUGAAUGAGGCAAUGAAAAAACUAUAUGACCGAGGAUUGUUUUCAUAUCUUGUUAUUGAUGAGGCUCAUUGUAUCAGUCAAUGGGGACAUGAUUUUAGACAAUCAUACGUUGAAUUAAGAGAAUUUAGAAAAACAUUUCCAUCAGUACAAACAAUUCUGUUUACUGCAACAGCAACAGAAAGAGUUAAAAAUGAUAUAUUAUUAUCUAUGGGACUUGAAGAAGCUAUUGUAUUUAAUCAAACAUUUAAUAGACCAAAUUUAAGAUAUGAAACGAGAGUUAAAUCACCAAAAGUUGAAGUUGAUAUUGCUCAUUAUAUUCAACAACAUCCAAAUCAAUGUGGAAUUGUAUUUUGUCUUUCUAAAAAAGAUUGUGAAAGUUUAAGUAAAUUUCUUGUUAAUUAUGGAAUAAGAGCUACUCAUUAUCAUGCUGGACUAGAUGCUAAAAGAAGAAAGAAAGUUCAAAAUGAUUGGAUGAAUGGAACAUUUUUAGUGGUUUGUGCUACUGUUGCGUUUGGAAUGGGGAUUGAUAAACCAGAUGUUCGAUUUGUUAUUCAUCAAACUAUGCCAUCAAGUAUUGAACAAUAUUUUCAAGAAGCAGGAAGAGCAGGUAGAGAUGGAAAACCAAGUGAUUGUAUUAUUUAUUUUAAUAUGAAAGACAUUUCUAGAGUAGAAUGGUUAAAAAGAGAUAUGGGUAAAAAUGAAUUAACAUCAUCACAACAACAAUCCAUUAAUGCAAUGGUUAAUUUAUGUAUAACUUCUGAGUGUAGAAGAAAAAUUCAAUUAAUGUAUUUUGAUGAAAGUUUUAAUGAAGAGAAAUGUACAGGAUGUGAUAAUUGUGAAAGAAAAAAGAAAUAA